UCAGCUAUGACGCAAAACUCACCAACUCGUGUUCUUCGCAUUGAUUUCCUAGGUAGGUCACAAAGGUCACGGUUUUCCUUUCUUUGCAGCCUUUCUCAUGGCGUCUAGGAUUCCCCUCCAAACCGUGCCCAUGGCUGAGAGGGAGAUUUCCUUUGAGGAUGAUCAGGAAUGGGAGGACGAGGACCCUGCUAUCGCUGAAGAGAAGGUGCUUCCAACAAAAACGGAGGCUCCGGAGUCGCUUUCGCGGAUCAGCAGACGAUCUGCAGCGAUGCGUAAGCAGAAUGCAGCUUCCAGCGCUCCCCGCUUUAGUUCUCGAAAGAACCGUCACAUCCUUGAGGAAAAUCGAAGGCAACAACGCCGUCGAUUGGCUGUUACCGCAGCUGAAUACUUUGAUGGUCCACUUUGGUUUGAAGGAAUACUGGAAGGGAUAUCCUUUGCCUUUUGGUACACUUUAGACGUCGUCCACCAAGCUAUCCGUUUCCUCAAAAGGCCCCUCUCUUUUCUCGUAUUUCUAUGGACGCUAACGUUCCUCUUCGGGAAGAUAUCCGGAGCCCUUCAUGCCGCCCUUCAGCCGUUCUGCAUCGUCCCUGGCAUAUCCCAUUCAACACUUUGUGCUCCUCACCUGCCUCAUACACAUUGUCCUAAACAAGCCAAUUUUUCGGCGCUCGUAGAGGUUCAAAGCGCCACCUUUGAGCAAUUGUUGGAUGUGUCCGUCGAUGGAUCAGCACUCUCUUUAGACCUUAGAAAAGCGGAGAUGGCCACAUCAAACCUCGCUACCCUCGUGCGUGUCAGCCAACUCAAGAGCCGAGAGCGACUCUCCGACGCGCUGUCGAACUUCAUUGGAACAGCCAAAGCAACCGCUGUAGGGCUGCAAAGAUUUAGUUCCCAUGUGCAACACACCGUGGAUCGUAUUGUUGCCGUCAAUGACUACUCACUAAAGACUAUCGAGGGAGCGCGCGCCAAUGAUGCACAAUAUUCUCUCCACAAACUCAUUCCGUGGUCGUCUUCUUCUUCCUCAGAUGACAUAAUCCUGAAGUCAUUCGGUGAAUCGAUGGACACGCUGUCGCAAAUGACAGAGAACCUCAUUAUCAAAGCUCAAGUGCAGCUGAAGAACCUUGAGGAUCUAGAGGGGAAUCUCAUCGUCAUCAACGACAUCAUUGCACGAGAGGAUUCGGAAGUAACUGCCGGCAAGGAAGAGCUCCUCGCCGCAUUGUGGACCUUCCUCGGUGGAAACAAACACGCGUUGAGAAAGCAUGACCGUCAGCUCGCACUGCUCAACAACCUGGGUGAGUAUCGACGGAAAGCCCUUCAACAUGUCUACUCCGCACUGCAUACGCUGCAUGAAAUGAGUGGAAACAUUGAAACUCUCCGAGAGCAUGUCGCUGAACCAGCACUAUUGGGAUCUUCCAUCCCACCCGAGGUUCACAUGAAGAGUAUUAAAAGGGGUUUAGAGAGGUUGGAGGCGUCGAAUCGUCAAGCGAGAGAACGGGAGAUCGAUGCUAGAAGAAUGCUUUAGUUUCAAGGCCUGUCGUCAAAUGUACAGAAGGUCUUUAUUAUAAGUGUGAAUGCUCAAGUACUCAGGCUCUCGUGUUUCUAUAUAUAUUGUAUUGUUGAGAAUUGCUUUAAUACUAUUCAUCGCUGUUGAUUGGAUAGGAUAUCUCGCU